AUUCCUCUCUGUUCAGCUCUGAAUCAGCUGAGUUUGAGGAUCCAGCCCCGUCAGGACUGUCUCCACUGGCACUCAGGGGGUGUUUGGAAAGACCACACAUCCUCAGGAGAAAUAACGGGUCUUCUGCCUCCUUUUCUUUCAGAAACACUGCCAGAAAAGGUUUACCAUAAUGACCGGGCUGUCAUUGUUUUGACUCGGACUGUUUUGAAGCAGCUAGUGGGCAGGCGCGCAUCUUGAGCUUGUUCUGCAGCAGAAAUACUUUGCUCAAAUGCUUUGAUCGGACUGGUGUAUCAUGGAUCCUGAGGAGGUAGAACUGCAGAAUGACUAUCGUUACCGCAACUAUGCGGCGGUCAUUGAAAAAGCGCUGCGAAACUUUGAGUCUUCGAGUGAGUGGGCAGAUCUUAUCUCCUCCCUGGGCAAACUCAACAAGGCCCUGCAGAGCAACCUUCGCUACUCCCUCCUGCCCAAGAGGCUUAUCAUAGGGAAGCGUCUCGCCCAGUGUCUGCACCCAGCACUUCCAAGCGGCGUUCACCUUAAGGCUCUGGAAACCUACGAGGUUAUCUUCAAAAUCAUCGGAACAAAAUGGCUGGCCAAGGAUUUGUUUAUUUACAGCUCCGGUUUGUUCCCACUGUUCGGCCAUGCAGCUAUGGCAGUGAAGCCUGUUUUGCUGACACUGUAUGAGCGGUACUAUCUGCCGCUGCAGAGGGCUUUGCUGCCAAGUCUCCAGGCCUUCAUAACAGGACUGCUGCCUGGCCUGGAGGAGGGACUGGAGGUGUAUGACAGGACUGAUGCGUUGAUGGUCAAGUUGUCACUGCUGGUGGGUCAGCAGGUUUUCUAUGGCGCCCUGUGGGGCAGCAUGCUGGUCAGCCCCAUGGUGCGACAGCCUGCAACAGCCUUUGUAGUGGCACAUUUUGACCGCAUGGCAUCCCUGCACCAGCAGACACACAUGCUGGGCUACGACCACAGGCUUGUGGUGAAGGCAGUGUGUCUUUCUUUGCAAGAUUCAAAUCUCCUGGUGCAAAGGAACAUGCUUGAAAUUGUGCUCUACUUUUUCCCAUUGGCUACAUGUCUGGAGCCUACAGAGGCCAGCAUGGCUGUGAGUCCUGAAGAUGUGAUCACAAUAGUGUCUGCUGCCUCUCUUACAUUGUUGCGCAGAGACAUGUCCCUCAACAGACGUCUCUACGCCUGGCUGCAAGGGACAGACAUUAAAGGAGGAACACCACACCCCAACUUCUCCAUGACCGCAGAGGAUCACACAACUUACUACUUCAGCACAUACUCCAGAGAUUUCCUUGUUAAGGCUCUGAUUAGCAUCCUCAAACAGAAGAGCGACCCAGAAAAUGUGACUGGAUGCCUCAGGCCCUUUCGCAUCAUCAUGAGUCUGUUAGAUAAACCGGAUAUAGGUCCAGUGGUCUUGAGCAGUGUGUUGUUGGAAGUUGUGCGAGCAUUCCACAGUUACUGCCGAGAGAUGCUGGGGGAGGAAACCAUCACCAGCUCAGGGCUUGCAGGCAACCAGUUAGCCAGUAAGAUAAAAGAGAAUAAGAAUUCAUCAGAGGUCAUAAAGACGAUGAAUAUGCUUGUGAGCACCAUGAACAGCGAAUACCUGUGGGAGUACAUGACCCGACGCUUCUGCACUGCUCUCAGUAACAAAGAUGACCCUCCAACACCUCCGCAGCAGGACCGCAGUCAUCCGGCUCCAUCUGUCACAGAGAUAUCCAAUCUCGUUAUUUUCCUGCUUGAUGUUCUUCCUCUAGAGCUCCAUGCAGACAUCCAGUCCCAGCUCCUACCGGAGAUGCUGGGUACCAUGCUGCGGACCCUGUCCAGCCACAUGGACUCUGUUACUCUGGAAGACGUUACACAGGGCCUGCGAGCAUGUUUCAAGGUCCUGAGUAAGAUCCAGAUGCCUGUGGCUUAUAUGGACGUCGAGACGGGAUCACACUUAGAGGACAUGGAGUUACAGUUACCUGACGAGGAAAGCCAAAAGACAGAGGACACUGAAAACGAGGGCAAGACAGAAGCUGGUGCUGGUCAGGUUAACGGUCACCAUAGAGAAGAAGAGCUGAACAGGAACGGGGGAGAUGAGGCAGCUCCUGCAAAUGGUGUUUACCCAACCCUGAGGUCUGAAGACAGCGGGUUGGGUAUCAGUGCCUCACCCUCAGAGCAGCAUCUCCCCCCAGGAGUCAGGGUCACUGCAGAGGAUAGUGGAAGUUGCAAAGAAGGGGAAGGAGUGUGGAGGAGGGGAGGCAGCGUAGACACCAUGACCCAGUGUCUCCAGGAAAUCCUGGCCUCCGUAACCACAAGGUAUUUGUUGGUGCAGGUGGAGGAUGUCAGCGGACCAGAGGAUGGACCCCAUCCUGGCGCAACUGCUGCCUCCACAGAUCAGAAGACUCUCUUACCGCUCUUAGCACCACCACCCACAGAGAGGAGGAAGAAGCACGGGUGUCUGGACUGGGCGGCUGGCUACAUGCCACGAGGCAGGGCAGAGAUCUCGGAGGCCUGCCGACAGGCUUUUACAGCCACCUGUCACCUGCUGCUGGAGUGCACCACUUUCCCUGUCUACAUGAGUGAAGAGGAGACUCUGGCCCUCCACACAGACAUGCUUGAGAACGCAGGCAGUGAUGUGGAGGGCCUCCCUGUGUGGUUGAGGUCCUUGAUGACCUUGUGCUGCCUGUCCAGGGACUACAACAUCCAGCACACUGCAGUGGCCUCUCUGUUAGAACUCAUCAACCACUCCCAGUCCUUAGCACUGGUCAUCGAGGACAAACACAGACGCUACCAGACAUCAGACUCCAACCCUUUGAGUGGGCGUCUGCAGAUGGUCACUGUGCCACCAAUCUACCCUGCUCUGCUGCAUGCUAUAGAGGAGGACACAGAUUUCUUUCAGAGGGUGUCUCAGGUACUGUGGAGCCAGCUGGACACUGAGCGGCGAGAGCAGCACAUUUCCUGUGUGGAGCUCUUCUACAGGCUUCACUGUUUGGCUCCAUCAGCAUCCAUCUGUGAAGACAUAAUCUGCCAGGCCCUACUGCACAAAGAAAAGUCUGUCAGGUUGGAAGCACUACACCGCUUCACAGUACUGUGGCACCUAACCCGAGAGAUCCAGGCAAACAGGACCAUGUCUUUGAACCGCUCCUUUGACAGGUCUCUGUGUGUUGUGGUGGACAGUCUCAGCUGUACAGACGGCUCAGUAAGUGCAGCAGCUCAGUGCUGGCUGGUCAGGGCUCUGUCCCUCAAUGAUGUGAUUCGAAUCCUUGAACCUAUUCUCCUGCUGCUGCUUCACCCAUCCACUCAGCGCUGCUCGAUUCAGAGCAUCAAACAGAGCCUUGCUGCUGGUGACCUGAAGGUUUCAGGAAACAGAAGUCGAAGCUCCACCAAAAGUUUAGGGACGUCUGCAGAUGCCAUGGCAACAGAGGUCACCACCUUGAACCUGAUAAACAUUGUGGACCGAGAGGCGCUGUGGACGGAGCUAGAUAGCGGUGCUGAGUCGAUGCAUCUACCAGACACCUUGGCUGUUUCUAGGAGUGAGAGUGAAGAGACGGAGGAGGACGACGAUAAACAGGCAGAGGAAGAAGAGGAAGCUGAGAGUGAACACACUGAGUCAGCGGACACUAGCGGCGCUCAGGUAUCCACUGAGAACUCCAGCUCAGGCUCUGCCCCCUACCGUAUUACUGAGGAAGGAGGUGUGGUUAACGGCCUGCGGAGGGCAGAGUCUGAGCGCACGCAGGCGUCCGAUUCACUGUCAAGUGAGGAUGAGGAAGAUUUAGAGCUGGAGGCCAUUGCCAGGUCUCGCCUGAUGAAACAAGAGCGAGAGAGGAGAGAGGCUAUCGACUCUCUGUUUCGCCAUAUGCUGCUGUAUCCUGCAGCGGGCGGCUGGCGACAUCUUCUACAAGGCCUGGCUCUGUUAGACAGCCUUCUGAGAAGCAGUGCUGAGUGCCCCCUGGUGGAUGCUCUCUCCUCCACUUCUCUGGACACAAGCUCCGCUGCACAUUUGAACUUAGUCUCCAACCUCCUGCAGCGGCACCAACAGGCUCAGGAUGGUAAAGGCUUCUAUGGCAGCCUUCUCUCCCCAUCCUCAUCCCCAUCUUCGCCCCCUUCCCUGCUCAUUGAACUCCUGUUGUCCUUGUGUCUGCGAUUCCUGCGUUCUCAUUACCCUUCACAUCUAUGUCUGGGUCCUCUUGACUUGCAGGGGAACAGGGAGGUUCAGGUGAAGAGUGUUGAGGUGCUGACUCGCAUAGUGAACCAGCUUGGCUGCAUGGCGUCCCGGCAACAGGGCAGUGGGGCGAGUUUGGAGCCCAUUCGCAGACUUCUCUCAGGAUGUAAGGUGCAGCAGUACGCUCUGCUUACGCUUUCUGCAUCUAUGUAUGUCAGCCAAAAGGGAACAGACAAGGGACCAGCCAAGGGUGUGGAGGUGCUGGAUGAGCAGGGGGGGCUGUCAGAGGAGAGUCUGGUGAAUGUGGGAGCAGGAGGGGGGCAGGAACAGUACACCUUACAAAUGGAGUUACUGAAACUCCUCCAGGCUCUCAUAGUCCUGGAGUACCAUGUGUGGCCGGGUGGGGCUGUCUCAGCAGCAGGGUCAGGUGGAGCUGCUGGCCACUCUGGGGAACUUCGUGAAACCCCGACUACAAGCACCACUCUUACCCGUGAGUGGCAAACCGCUGUCCUUUUCCAGCAGUCCAUCAAGGCAGUGCAGUACGUCCAGAGCCACCCCAUCACCGCACAAGGGAUGUUUGUGUCUGCUGCAGCCAGGGCUCUGCAGCCGCAGUACGGCUAUGCCAUGCACCCCCACUGGGUGUCACUGCUGGUCUCCUCUCUGCCAUACCUGGGACGCUCAUUAGGUAUCAUCGUGGCUCCCCUCAUCAGCCAGAUCUGUAGGAACUUAGAUGAGCUGGUCAAGCUUUAUGAGCAUGAUGGAGGGAAAACAAAUCAAAGCUUGAGUGGUAGGCGGGAAAACAUUGCCCCAGACUAUCCUCUGACUCUGCUAGAAGGCCUGACCUCCAUCACACACCAUUGUCUACUGGAUAACAAGAGGUCCUUGGUCGCUUGUGAUCCUGUGGAUGUCCGUAACGCACGUAACGCUGUGAUCGAAGAACUGCCACACAUGCUCAGUAGCAUGGCGCUGUUGUGGGGUGUGGUCAUGAGGGAGGAGCUUCAGAGGCGUGUAUCUGACUCUGCUCAGAGCAGCAGACCCUCUUCUACCUCCGUCUACUUCAAAAGCACAAAGAUCCUAAGGCAGCGGAUACUGGAGUUCCUGGUUCCCCUAACUCUUCAGUAUGGGGUUCAGCUAUUUGCUUCCCUGGGAGUUGUGUGGAGCAAGAAAAAGAGUAAAAGGAGACAUAGAAACAAAGUCCUACCUGUCGCAAGUGAGUCACGUCUAACCAUUGUGGAUUUGGUGAAAUCCCUGCACACUUUGCACACAGACACCAUCCUACAGCUGGUCAAGGAAGUGGUGAAAAAACCUCAUCAGAUUAAAGGAGAACAGAAGUCAAGCCUGGUAGAUAUUCCCAUGUUGCAGUUCACCUACGCCUAUAUCCAGAGUAUUUCAGCUCAGGCAAUGCAGGAAAAUGUUCCUCCUCUCCUCAGUCUACUGCGGGAAUCUGUUCAGUUAAAUCUGGCCCCACCUGGACACUUCUUACUACUGGGAAUCCUCAAUGACCUCGUCAACAGGCUCCCCAACCUGGACAAUAAGAAGGACAGCAGAGACCUGCAGGAGGUGACUCAGCGGAUCCUGGAGGCAGUUGGUGGGGUCGCAGGAUCUUCUUUAGAGCAGACCAGUUGGCUCAGCCGAAGCCUCGAGGUCAAAGUUCAGCCACAAGUGUGCACUGAAGUGGAUGAAGGAGACGACGCAGAUAUUGAAGAGUCUAUAGCUCAUGCCAACACCAUGGUUUCUUCUUCGGCUCCCUCAGUGUACAGCGUUCAAGCUCUUGUACUCCUGGCUGAGGUUUUGGCACCACUUCUGGACAUGGUUUACCGCAGUGAUGAGAAGGAGAAAGCUGUUCCUCUCAUUUCUCGGCUCAUGUACUACGUUUUCCCGUACCUGAAGAACCACAGUGCCUACAACAUGCCCAGCUUUGAAGCUGGUGCUCAGCUGUUGAGCAGUUUAAGUGGGUAUGCUUACACCAAAAGGGCCUGGAAGAAAGAGGUGUUUGAGCUCUUCAUGGACCCCCUCUUCUUCACCAUGGACAUUUCCUGUGCCCCAAGUUGGAGAUCCAUCAUUGACCACCUGCUGACUCAUGAGAAGACCAUGUUUAAAGACCUCAUGAGCAUGCAGAGCAGCUCCCUGAAACUGUUUAACAAUGUGGACCAGAAACCCAUGCUGCUGAAGCGCCAGGCAUUUGCCAUGUUUAGCGGAGAACUCGACCAGUACCAUCUGUAUCUGCCCCUCAUCCAAGAGCGCCUCACUGAGACUUUACGUAUGAACCCAAGCCCUGCUGUUUCAGCCCAGAUAUUCCUGAUGUUUCGUGUUCUCCUUCUGCGGAUUUCAUGCCAGCAUCUCACAUCUCUCUGGCCAGUUAUGGUCACAGAACUGAUUCGCAUAUUUGUGCGUCUGGAGAAAAGUCUACAGAUAGAGAAAGACAUCUCAAAAUUGGCUAAAGUGGUGCGCGGUGCCCUUGCUGGAAACGGACCAGUGAAUUUCCCUCAGGCUGAGUUGGACAUGUACCUGUCAGCCUGCAAGUUUCUUGAUACCUCGUUGGCGUUUCCUCCAGAGAAGAUACCACUCUUUCAAAUGUAUCGUUGGGCAUUUGUCCCUGAGGUGGAUGUGGAGCGGUACAGUGGCCCUAUAGAGACUGCACUGAUAGAAGGCGAGCAGGAAUGCACCCCACAUGUUGUCAGGAUACUGGAAGGAAUUCAGCUGCGAUAUGGGACUCUGAAUGGACUGAGUGAGGAGUCGUCCACAGAGUAUUUGGAGUUCCCUCUCCUCACACAACGCUCGCUGUCCUCCAUCACCAAGUUGUUGCCUUUCCUUCGCAUCCUCUGCUGCUCCUUCCAGGGCCCUCCGCCCUACAGCGACUCCAUGCGUCACUUCUCUGUAGCAGACUACCCAGCAUCCUGUUCAGACACAGUCCUAAAGAGGCUGGAGCAAAUCACUGAGGAAGAGUUCUUGGACUCUUUGGAGGGUUAAUCAUGAAGCUUUCACGAACCAAAUCCCCUUUUAAGCUCUUUGGCCUGCAGCUCGAUGAGUAGAAUACCUGAAACCGGCACAACUGGUGUUAAUGUUGUAUUGUGAAAUGAAACAAAAGGAAACAUUUCAGAAUGCUAUAACUUGUCUGACCUCCGUGAAUAUACAUAUGUCUGAGGUGCUCUCACACUGGAUCUGUAUAGGAACAUUUAAGGGACUUUGUUGUAAUUAUGUACUAAGCUUUAUGGAAAACUAAGUUAAAGGGUAGAAGUACUAACUCAUUUCAGUUGAGUUGUCUUUUUCUGUCAAAAAACUGUCUCAUUGGCAAAAUAUUCACACACUGAGGCCAUGUCAUAGUUUUCUUGUCCUGAAAAACAUUACCCAUGGAAAAGUUAUGUUAACCAAAUUGAACUCAUUACAUUUGUUAUGAUCUGGUAUGCACCUUAUAAUAACAGUGGUUAAACCAAGUGUAUUUUUUUAUUUUAACUCAAUACCAGAUUCACCAUGAAAAACCUCAUGAGUUCUGUUAUGUUGUUCAUAACCUCAUGUUUACCCCAGCCUCUAUUAGGCUGAUUUAUACUUCUGCGUCACCCCUACGCAGCAGGGGCUGACCAUAGACUGUAUAAAAUAUGGACGUAGUAUCCAUGACGUCACCCAUCUGUUUCUGAAGCGCUGUUUUGAGGCCAAUCGCUGUCGGCAGCCAUAUUGCUGCUGUCAAGCGACGUAAAGAGGCAGACUUUGAGCCUUCUAGCCAACAGCUACAGUGUUCCCGCCUGUCAAUCAAGUCAGCUGUCUCUCUCAUUGGAAGACUCGUAAUCUCAAUAUCUUCGAAAAAAUUCAAAUUUUAGCACUUCCGCAUUAGACUCAUAUUUCUAGACUGGAGGUUGCCGCUUGGGGCUGACACGGACAUGAGCACCACAUACUUGUGCGUCGAUGUGUCCGUGACGCGCAGCAAUUCUCCGCUGAAACGCUUUCGGGCAGUGUGGUCACUCUGAUAGCCGGUCGCCUGUUUCCACCCCGCUAUGAUCUCUGUCUUUUCCACAGCUAUUCAGAGCGUGUUAUGUUAAUCUACAGCUGAUACAUGUUGCUGUUUAUCAUUCAGACAUGAUUACAUGAAGAAUAGUCAGGAGGAGAUGAAAUACAUGCCCGAUGUCCGGGAUCCCAGAAAUGCUGGAAAAGCUGGAAAUGCAAUGCUGACGAACAGACCAAUCACAUGGCUUGCAGUCUGCGUCGUUUCUACACAUAGUUACAUUUUGGAGGAGGUGCACGUCAGCUACAUGAGUAGGCCUCUGCGUAGGUACAGGAGCUUCGCGGACCCCGGGCAUAGGCUACACUGUCAAUUCGUCACAGAAGUAUAAAUCAGCAAAGUGCUAGCAUCUGUCUGACUGAGAAUGUUAAAGCUUCAAUAUACUGUAUGUCUAUUGUAGAGGUACUUUCUUGCUCAUUAUUAUUGGAUACAUUAUUAUGGGACCUCACAAGCCUUUGAAUAAUAUUUAUGUUCAAUGUUUCUGUAAAUACAUUACUAAAUGUGAUAUGUGUUUGCUAGGCAACCUUUUGUAAUUGUGUUGGGUGUACCUCGCUUAAAUACAUGCUCUCCAUUCUUGGUGUUCAAGGGAAACUGCCUUUCUUUGAUGUUCAUGGAUGUUUUUACAACUGCCUGUUGUCUUUUUGCCACAGCUAAAUACCUAAGUAAUUUAUUUUGGAUGUUAAAAGGACCAUGUGAUGUUUUAAUCAACAGAAAGAAGACUCAUUAAAUAUUAAGCUUAAAAACUG